CCCGAAGCCCAUUAUAAGGUCAACUUCCUCUCCUUAAUCAAAAUCCAAAACAAGUAUUCUUCGCCUCUUCCUCUCAUAAUCUCAAUUUCUUGUAACGAUGAUCAGCGUUCUAGCUCAGGAGCGUCUAUUGGGCGCGGCGCUAGGGAGCCUCUUAACCGGGGGCGUGGUUUUUCAGCAGCGUAGAACCAUCUAUAAAUCCAUUAAUCAAUAUGAACCUCAGCCAACAGAGCCUAUUUUUGGGCAGAAGUCUCGGCAAGAGUUUGCACACAUGUGGAAUAAAUCUGUGGAUAACACAUUUGGAGGGAUGAUUGAGUAUCUAAGCUCACGUGGAUGACAUUGGGGUUGGUCAACCUCGCGGGAUCUCACCUCCAUCUGUCUCCAGUCUCCACAGUCCACAUGCUAGAGAGACUAAAGGUAGAUCAUUAUAAAAUCAAUUUUCUUUGUUCCUUCUUUAUCGGCCAUUUGGCCCUAUGAUAUGAUGUGGUCUUAAGUUGUUGAGUUGGGUUCUAUGUAAUGUCAGUUAGUUCCCUUUUUAGGCACUAAAUCAUUAGUGCUCUCUAUAUGGUGUUUUCCUAUCUAAAUCAUAAAUAAUUCCUUCAUCUUCAAAUGCAAUGCUUUAUUUUCUCGA